CUCAGAAUGAUGACGAGCUCUCGUUUGAGGAAGAUAAUGUUUUAUAUAUUUUGGAAAACGACGAUGAAGAGUGGUGGAAGGCAAAACUAAAGAUCAACGGUGAUGAAGCUGAUAAUGGCCCAAUCGGUCUAGUGCCUGGAAAUUAUCUUCAGGAGGCGGAACACAUGGAUACGCUGAAAGCUCUUUUUGAUUAUGAAGCAAAGAAUGACGACGAGUUAACCUUUAAAGAAAACGACUUGAUGUAUUUGUAUGAGAGAGACGAUGAUUGGUUUUUGGUUAAAUUGGGUGACUCUUUCGGUUACGUUCCUAAUAAUUAUGUAGAGAUAAAAGAUGAACAAGGUGAACAAGGUGAACAAGAUGUUAAUUAUGAGGAAGAGAAAGAGAAUGAUAAAAGAGUGGCUAAACCAAAAUUUUUAUUAAAUGGAUUCUCGAAUACAUCAGAUAGCACUAAAUAUGUUGAUCCAUUAAAAAUAUAUGCUCAACAAAAUGUUCAUAAAAAAUCUGGUUUAUCUUCAGAUGUAAAAACUUGGCAAGUCACAUUGAUAACGAAAAAUGAUAAGAAGAAAGAAAAAAAGAAGGGAACGAUCGUUGUUGGGGAUGGUAAGAUUGUAUAUGCUAGUCAAUCAGAUAAGGCACCAGUACAAGUUUUCAACAUCACAGAUAUUAUUGACAUCAAACAUGAGAAGAAACAUAUCAUAAUUCAAUUUGGCGGAGCAAAGACGACAACAUUUGAUUUCCAAUCAAAUAAACACUCUGAAAUAUUCCAGAAGAUCAAAGAUUGUCGCACUAGCUUGGAAAUACCAACCGUUAAACCACCAAUAACUAUCAGAGUUGCUUUAUAUGAUUUCAAAGCACAAGGUGAUGAUGAAAUAUCAAUUCGUGAAGAAUUAGGAAAACAAAUUGGGUGA